GUUUGCCUACUCUAGGACACGUCAAAUUAUCUCACUACCGCACAGUUGUGUUAGUCAUUUCGAGCUGUUUGACAGUUCGUUUCGAAAUAGUUCGGGGCGAGAGAGUUAGUCGAUAUCUUGUGUGCUUCGCGAUCUUCCGGUCGACACCCACCUUCGGCCAAGAUCAGGCGGCACCCUAUUGCCGAUUCGGCAUGGGUGAUUCUUUGGACGGUUCCGGGGAGCCAUCCCCGGAAUCACAGAAUGUUGCAGUCGUCGAAUUCACCGCAUUCGCGAAUUAUCUACGUAAAGCGGUUACCGUGCUGCUACCGGAUGAGGACGUGAUGCCGCCCGCGUUCAACAUGGCCCUCGAAGAAAGAUAUAACCAGGAUUGCAUACGUAAAUUCCUCGGUGAUUCACAAGUCAGUUCGCUCUAUAUACAGAGAAGUUCGACCAAAGAAGAAGAUAGUGGUGAGGGAGACGAAGACAAGGAAAAUGCAAUUUAUUAUAUAUCAAAUGAGAUACGUUUCUCAAAUCCGAAAAUGGCCUCCUUAGUUUUAACGAAACGCAGCAUGGUCAUCGAAGCUGACAAAUCCGUUCACUCUCAAUUGCGUUUGAUCACCUUCUCCGACGGGCCACCGUAUGAAACUUUGCAUGCAAUAAGCAAAACUAUGGCGCCUUAUUUCAAAAGUUACGUAAAGGAAACAGGCCGCGCUCACAGAGACGGAGACAAAAUGGUACCAUUAGUGGAGAAAAAAAUUGCAGAACUUGAAAUGGGAUUGUUGCAUUUGCAGCAGAAUAUUGACAUUCCAGAAAUUUCGCUACCUGUCCAUCCAAUUGUCGCGCAAAUCAUCAAACAAUGCGAGGAAGAAGGUCGUAAGCCGAAAGUCGCUGACUUCGGAGAUAAAGUGGAAGAUUCAACGUUUCUGAACCAAUUGCAGAACGGUGUGAACAGAUGGAUUAAAGAGAUUCAGAAAGUGACUAAACUGAAUCGAGAUCCGGAAUCGGGCACGGCACUCCAAGAAAUAUCUUUCUGGCUAAAUCUCGAGAGGGCAUUGCAUCGUAUUCAAGAGAAGCGAGAAAGUAUCGAAAUCUCCUUGACACUCGACAUACUCAAACAUGGCAAGCGAUUUCAUGCUACCGUGAGCUUCGAUACCGACACCGGCCUGAAACAGGCGCUGGCCACGGUGAACGACUAUAAUCCGUUGAUGAAAGAUUUCCCGAUCAACGAUCUAUUGUCGGCUACCGAAUUAGAAAGAAUACGCAGCAGCGUGCAGCAGAUUUUCAUGCACUUGAGAAAGAUAAGAAGCACGAAAUACCCCAUUCAGAGAGUAUUGAGAUUGGUGGAAGCUAUCUCGAGAGAUUUAGGGCAACAGCUGCUCAAGGUGUUGGGUACGCGACGUUUGAUGCAUAUUCCGUUCGAUGAAUUCGAGAAAGUUAUGGGCCAGUGUUUCGAGGUGUUCACUACUUGGGACGACGAGUACGACAAGCUGACGGGGUUGCUGAGGGAUGUUGUGAAGAAAAAACGCGACGAACAUAUGAAAAUGGUGUGGCGAGUAUUGCCGGCGCACAAAAAAUUGCAGUCCAGAAUGGAACAUAUGCGUCGCUUCCGUCGGCAGCACGAACAAUUGAGAACGGUGAUAGUUCGCGUACUCAGGCCCGUUCGUCAAAACAGUAAUAACUCCACGAUGGAAAAUACCGAUAAUGACAAUGUAAAAGUAGAAUUCGCUUUGGACGCUGCGGAUGCUAAUGCGAUUAGUGAAGUUAAUUUGGCAUACGAGAAUGUGAAGGAGGUGGAUUGUCUGGAUAUCAGCAAGGAAGGGCAGGAAUCGUGGGAUGCCGCAGUGCACAGAUACGAGGAGCGUAUAGAGCGCGUGGAAGCAAGGAUAACGGCUCAUCUUCGAGAUCAAUUAGGUACGGCCAAAAAUGCAAACGAAAUGUUUCGGAUAUUCUCAAGAUUCAAUGCGCUCUUUGUGAGGCCGCAUAUUCGAGGCGCUAUCAGGGAAUAUCAGACGCAACUGAUACAGAGAGUCAAAGAUGAUAUCGAAGCAUUGCACGAAAAGUUUAAGGUUCAAUAUGCGCAAAGUAAAUGCUGCAGAAUGAGUAUGGUGAGAGACUUACCACCUGUCGCCGGAUCUAUAAUAUGGGUUAAACAAAUUGAUUAUCAGUUGACGAUGUAUUUAAAACGCGUUGAAGAUGUCUUAGGUAAAGGAUGGGAAAGCCAUAUCGAAGGUCAGAAACUGAAAGCCGACGGUGAUAGCUUCCGUAUGAAGCUAUCGACGCAAGAGAUUUUCGACGAGUGGGCGCGUAAGGUGCAAGCACGAAAUCUCGGUGUAACCGGGCGUAUCUUUACUAUCGAAAGUGUGCGUUCGAGAACAGGACGCGGCAAUGUAUUAAAGUUGAAAGUGAAUUUCCUCCCUGAGAUUAUUACACUAUCCAAAGAAGUGAGGAACUUGAGAAACCUCGGAUUCCGUGUUCCUCUACCUAUCGUGAAUAAGGCUCAUCAGGCUAACCAGCUAUAUCCCUUUGCCAUCAGUUUGAUCGAAAGUAUUAGAACUUAUGAGAGAACACUAGAAAAGCUUACCAAUCGGAGUCCCCAUUGUCCCGCACUAAAGAUCGAAGACAAAGCUAGUAUUAUACCCUUGGUUGCUGGUAUGCGUAAGGAUGUCCUGUUAUUGAUCUCUGAGGGUAUUGCAUUGGUUUGGGAAAGCUACAAACUUGAUCAAUACGUGCAACGUCUGUCAGAAGCCGUGGUUUCUUUUCAAGAAAGGGUAGAGGAUCUUCUGGUUGUAGAGGAACAACUAGACGUUGAUGUUCGUUCUCUUGAAACGUGUCCUUAUUCCGCAAAUACCUUUGCCGACAUACUGUCCAAGAUCCAGAAGUCAGUAGAUGAACUAUCUUUGAAGAACUAUUCCAACUUGCAUAUCUGGGUAGCAAGACUCGAUGAAGAAGUGGAGAAAAAUUUGGCCGCUAGAUUGGAAGCUGGAAUAAAAGCGUGGACUGAUGCGCUGACAGGUCAUAAAAAAGAGGUGGACCUGAGUAUGGAUACGGAUGCUCCUGCACAGCCGACGCACAAGCCCGGCGGCGACCCUAAGAUUCAAAAUCAGAUCCACGAAGUUCGAAUUACGAAUCAAACUAUGUAUUUGUAUCCUAGUAUUGAAGACGCAAGAUUUCAGAUAAUGCAGCAAUUAUUUGCAUGGCAGGCAAUUGUUACAUCGCAAAUCCGUCUCCAAAGUUCCAGAUAUCAGGUUGGAUUAGAUAAACCCGAAUCAGGCACGUAUAGAAAUUUGCUUACGAAGUUGCCCUCUGGUAAGCAACCACUGGAGGCGGCAUAUGAAGCGGUCGAAUCUAAAAUGAAAGAUGUUGCUGAUUACGUUGACCAGUGGCUACGUUAUCAAGCUCUUUGGGAUCUACAACCGGGCAAUCUCUAUGGCAAGUUAGGCGAAAAUAUUAAUUUAUGGAUGAAGUGUCUCAACGAUAUAAAGAAGACGAGAACUACUUUCGACACUUCCGACACUAGACGUGAAUUCGGACCAAUGAUUAUAGAUUUUGCGAAGGUGCAGAGUAAAGUCUCGCUAAAAUACGACUCGUGGCAUAAAGAGACCUUGGGUAAAUUCGGAACACUUCUUGGUAAUGAAAUGGCCAGUUUUCACGCACAAGUAUCGAAAUCUAGGAGCGAUCUAGAACAACAAUCCAUUGAAGCAGCCAGCACAUCUGACGCAGUUGGCUUCAUAACGUAUGUCCAAUCCUUAAAGCGUAAAAUGAAAGCUUGGGAAAAGCAGGUCGAUGUGUAUCGCGAGGGUCAAAGGAUACUCGAACGUCAAAGAUUCCAAUUCCCGUCUUCUUGGCUGCACGUGGAUAAUAUAGAAGGAGAGUGGGGCGCAUUCAACGAAAUCAUAAAACGCAAGGACACUAGCAUUCAAACUCAGGUUGCCUCCUUACAAAUGAAAAUUGUCGCCGAGGACAAAGCGGUCGAAACAAGAACCACCGAUUUCCUCAGCGAUUGGGAGAGGGGAAAACCUGUGGAGGGCCAUUUGCGACCAGACGAUGCUUUGCAACAGUUGCAAUUAUUCGAGAGCAAAUUUGCCAGACUUAAGGAAGAAAGGGAUAAUGUUGCGAAAGCGAAAGAGGCGUUGGAAUUACAAGAGCCGGGUGGAAUAUCGACCAGUGAAGACAGAAUGCAGGUGGUGUUUGAAGAAUUGCAAGACUUGAGAGGAGUUUGGUCGGAAUUGUCGAAGAUAUGGACACAAAUCGACGAGACGCGUGAGAAACCUUGGCUCUCCGUGCAGCCGCGAAAGUUGCGCCAGCAAUUAGACACGAUGAUGGCGCAACUGAAGGAACUCCCAGCGAGAUUGAGGCAAUAUUCCUCGUAUGAAUACGUGAAAAAGAUGUUGCAGAGUUACACGAAAGUGAACAUGUUGAUCGUAGAAUUGAAGUCGGACGCGCUCAAGGAAAGACAUUGGAAGCAGUUGACGAAACAGCUCAGAGUGAAUUGGGUGUUGAGCGAACUUACCCUCGGCCAAGUCUGGGAUGUGAAUCUUCAGAAAAACGAGGGUAUAGUCAAGGACAUUAUUCUGGUGGCUCAAGGAGAAAUGGCUCUCGAGGAAUUCUUGAAGCAAGUGCGCGAGUCUUGGCAGACUUACGAGUUAGAUUUGAUAAAUUAUCAGAACAAAUGCAGACUGAUACGCGGUUGGGACGAUUUAUUUAAUAAGGUGAAAGAACACAUCAAUUCAGUGGCCGCCAUGAAGUUAUCGCCGUAUUACAAAGUGUUCGAGGAAGAGGCCUUAACUUGGGAGGAAAAGUUAAACCGAAUCAAUGCCCUGUUCGACGUGUGGAUAGAUGUGCAACGACGAUGGGUUUAUCUCGAAGGCAUUUUCUCCGGUAGCGCGGACAUCAAGACGUUAUUACCGGUGGAGACGUCGCGUUUCCAAAGUAUCAGUUCCGAAUUUCUCGGCUUGAUGAAGAAAGUCUCCAAGUCACCUAUGGUUACGGACGUUCUGAACAUCCCGGGCGUUCAGAGAGCGCUCGAACGUCUCGCCGAUCUUCUCGGUAAGAUACAAAAGGCGCUGGGAGAAUAUUUGGAGAGAGAACGAACAUCUUUCCCGCGAUUUUACUUCGUCGGCGAUGAAGACUUGUUGGAAAUUAUUGGCAAUAGCAAAAAUAUCGCACGACUGCAAAAGCACUUCAAGAAGAUGUUCGCCGGUGUAGCCGCUAUUUUGCUGAACGACGAUAAUACGAUUAUUACCGGUAUCGCGUCGCGCGAGGGUGAAGAAGUUAUAUUCCAAAGUCCGGUGUCUACGAUCGAUUAUCCCAAGAUUAACGAAUGGUUGACGCUGGUCGAGAAGGAAAUGCGCGUGACGCUCGCCUCGAGCCUCGCGAAAGCCGUACAGGAUAUCAAACAGUUCAAGGACGGCAAUAUUAAUCCGCAGGCAUUUAUGACAUGGUGCGACAAUUAUCAGGCUCAGAUAAUAGUUCUAGCUGCGCAGAUUCUGUGGUCCGAAGACGUGGAGGCUGCGCUUCACGAGGCGCAAGCGGAUCCGAGCAAAAAUCCAUUGGAGAGAGUUCUGGUGCAAGUGGAGGGCACGUUGAACGUUUUGGCCGACUCCGUUCUUCAAGAGCAGCCACCUUUGAGGAGGAAAAAGUUGGAACACCUGAUCAACGAGUUCGUGCACAAGCGCACCGUCACCAGACGAUUGACCGCCAAUAAAGUUUCAAAUCCCAAGGCAUUCGAGUGGCUGUGCGAGAUGCGAUUCUACUUCGAUCCCAGACAAACGGAGGUGCUGCAGCAACUUACGAUACAUAUGGCGAACGCCAAGUUCUUCUAUGGAUUCGAGUACCUGGGAGUUCAGGACAGAUUGGUGCAGACCCCGUUGACCGAUAGGUGUUAUCUAACGAUGACCCAAGCUUUGGAGGCCCGGCUCGGUGGAUCGCCGUUCGGACCCGCCGGUACGGGAAAGACCGAAUCCGUAAAAGCUUUAGGACACCAACUCGGAAGAUUCGUAUUGGUGUUUAAUUGCGACGAGACAUUCGAUUUUCAGGCUAUGGGCCGUAUAUUUGUCGGUCUUUGUCAAGUGGGCGCGUGGGGUUGCUUCGACGAAUUCAAUCGCUUGGAGGAGCGCAUGUUGUCCGCCGUUUCUCAACAAGUGCAGACAAUUCAGGAGGCGCUUAAGAGCCAGAUGGAAGGCAAAAGAGAGGGAACUCUCUGUGUCGAAUUAGUCGGGAAACAAGUCAAAGUCUCGACGGAUAUGGCUAUUUUCAUUACCAUGAAUCCCGGAUAUGCCGGACGCUCCAACUUGCCGGACAAUCUCAAGAAACUUUUCCGAUCGCUCGCUAUGACCACCCCUGAUCGUCAACUUAUUGCCGAAGUGAUGCUUUUCAGCCAGGGAUUCCGAUCCGCGGAAAAAUUAGCGUGCAAAAUUGUCCCAUUCUUCAAGCUCUGCGACGAACAACUUUCCAAUCAAUCGCAUUACGACUUUGGAUUACGUGCUCUUAAGUCCGUACUGAUAUCUGCCGGAAACGUGAAACGCGAUCGUAUACAGAAAAUUAAGGAGGGCAUGCAGAAUCGUGGUGAAACCAAUAUCGACGAAGCCUCUAUCGCAGAAAAUCUGCCCGAGCAAGAGAUACUCAUUCAGUCCGUAUGCGAAACGAUGGUUCCGAAAUUAGUUGCCGAGGAUAUUCCGUUGUUGUUCAGUUUACUUAGCGACGUGUUCCCUAACGUAAAUUAUACACGCGCAGAAAUGAAAGGACUAAAAGAUCAAAUUAGGAAAGUAUGUGCCGAGGAAUAUCUGGUGUGUGGCGAAGGAGACGAGCAAGGAGGUGCUUGGCAAGAAAAGGAAUCGGUUGGUGAGACGUGGGUAGAAAAGGUACUUCAAUUAUAUCAAAUCUGUAAUUUGAAUCACGGCUUAAUGAUGGUCGGUCCAAGCGGUUCAGGCAAAACCAUGGCGUGGAAGGUGCUGCUCAAAGCGUUGGAGCGAUUCGAAGGCGUGGAGGGUGUCGCCCACGUAAUUGACCCUAAGGCGAUCAGCAAAGAAACGUUAUACGGCGUGUUAGACCCGAACACGCGCGAAUGGACGGACGGUUUGUUCACGCACAUACUGAGAAAGAUCAUCGAUAACGUCCGAGGAGAAAUCAACAAACGGCAGUGGAUCAUAUUCGACGGCGACGUCGACCCGGAAUGGGUGGAGAAUUUGAACUCGGUGUUGGAUGACAAUAAACUUCUUACUCUGCCCAAUGGCGAGCGUUUGAGCUUACCGCCGAACGUGAGAGUGAUGUUUGAGGUGCAAGAUUUGAAAUACGCGACCUUGGCCACUGUGUCGCGCUGCGGUAUGGUUUGGUUCUCGGAGGACGUGCUGUCGACGGAAAUGAUAUUCGAGAAUUACAUGCUGCGUCUGCGAAACAUCCCGCUGGAAGACGGAGAGGAGGACAAUCUCGGGAAGAAAACCGCGGAGAAAGAGGACACUGUGUCACCGGCAUUGGCGGUGCAGAGGGAAGUCGCCAGUAACAUGCAAAGUUACUUCGCACCCGACGGUUUAGUGGUGAGAUGCUUGGAAUACGCGAUGAAGCAAGAGCAUAUAAUGGAUUUCACGCGCUUACGAGCUCUCAGUUCCCUGUUCUCCAUGUUGAAUCAAGCCGUUCGCAAUGUAUUGCAAUACAAUCACUCUCACACGGACUUCCCUCUGCCGAGCGAGCAGUUGGAACGUUACAUGCCGAAAUGCUUGGUUUAUGCGCUCCUGUGGAGCUUCGCCGGAGACGCCAAGUUAAAAGUCAGAUCCGACCUCGGUGAUUUCGUACGGUCCAUCACGACUGUGCCGUUACCGUCUCAGAAUAACAUACCGAUUAUAGACUUUGAGGUGAACAUACACGGCGAGUGGUUACCUUGGAGCAACAAAGUUCCCCAAAUCGAGGUGGAGACUCACAAAGUAGCCAGUCCAGAUAUCGUUGUACCGACUUUAGACACUGUGAGACACGAAAGUUUAUUGUAUACUUGGUUAGCCGAGCACAAACCUUUGGUGCUUUGUGGACCACCCGGCUCCGGCAAAACCAUGACGCUAUUUUCCGCUCUGCGGGCGCUGCCGGACAUGGAAGUUGUCGGAUUGAACUUUUCUUCCGCAACGACACCGGAAUUGUUGCUCAAAACGUUUGAUCAUUACUGCGAAUAUCGCAAAACACCUAACGGUGUCAUACUUUCCCCGGUGCAGUUGGGCAAGUGGCUGGUUUUAUUCUGCGAUGAAAUCAAUUUGCCGGACAUGGAUAAUUACGGGACGCAGCGUGUAAUCUCCUUCCUGAGGCAAUUGGUCGAGCAUCGAGGUUUCUACAGGACAAGCGACCAAGCAUGGGUCACAUUGGAAAGAAUUCAGUUUGUCGGCGCGUGUAAUCCACCCACAGAUCCCGGCAGGAAACCCCUCAGUCACAGAUUCCUGCGACACGUGCCCGUUAUUUAUGUCGAUUAUCCUGGGGAAACUUCCUUGAAGCAAAUUUAUGGCACAUUCACGCGUGCUAUGCUUAGACUAACACCUUCCCUAAGAGGUUACGCGGAGCCCUUGACAAACGCAAUGGUGGAGUUUUACCUGGCCUCUCAAGAAAGAUUUACACAGGAUAUGCAGCCACAUUACGUGUAUUCUCCGCGAGAAAUGACACGUUGGGUGCGCGGCAUUUGCGAAGCCAUUAGACCACUGGAUAAUCUCUCUGUGGAGGGUUUAGUGCGUUUGUGGGCCCACGAGGCUCUUCGCUUAUUCCAGGACAGAUUGGUGGAAGAUUCUGAGAGAGCUUGGACCAACAAGAAUAUAGACACAGUAGCUUUGAAACACUUCAUGUCGGUCGAUCGGGAAAAAGCAUUGGCUAGACCAAUCUUGUACAGUAACUGGCUAUCGAAGGACUAUGUUCCAGUGAACAGGCAGGAAUUGAGAGACUACGUCCGAGCGAGGUUGAAAGUAUUUUACGAGGAGGAAUUAGAUGUGCCGUUGGUACUAUUUGACGAAGUCCUCGAACAUGUUCUACGAAUUGACAGAAUUUUCCGACAGCCUCAGGGACACUUGUUGCUUAUCGGUGUCUCUGGCGCUGGAAAGACGACUCUGUCGAGAUUUGUUGCAUGGAUGAAUGGCUUGUCUAUCUUCCAAAUUAAGGUGCACAAUAAAUACACCGGUGAAGACUUCGACGAAGAUCUGCGUCAAGUACUGAGACGAUCCGGCUGUAAAGAUGAGAAAAUAGCUUUCAUUCUCGAUGAAUCUAACGUGUUAGAUUCCGGUUUCCUCGAACGUAUGAACACGUUGCUCGCCAAUGGAGAAGUACCCGGGUUGUUCGAAGGUGACGAGUACACGACGCUUAUGACGCAAUGUAAGGAGGGUGCUCAACGAGAAGGCCUAAUGUUAGAUUCUAACGAAGAAUUGUAUAAAUGGUUUACCGGCCAAGUUAUGAAAAAUCUGCAUGUCGUGUUCACGAUGAAUCCAAGCACGGACGGUCUGAAGGAUCGCGCGGCAACGUCACCGGCGUUGUUUAACAGAUGCGUGCUGAAUUGGUUCGGUGAUUGGUCGGACAACGCGUUAUUCCAAGUUGGCAAGGAGUUUACCAAUCGCGUGGAUCUGGAAAGACCCAUGUGGAAGUGUCCUGACUUCUUCCCGUCUGUGUGCUCUUUGAUUCCGUCGCAACCAUCGCACAGAGAUGCUGUUAUAAACGCGUGUGUGUACGUUCAUCAGACCUUGCAUAAAGCGAAUACGCGAUUAGCCAAGAGAGGCGCGAGAACCAUGGCUAUCACGCCGCGCCAUUACUUGGACUUCAUCAAUCACUUUGUGAAGCUGUAUCAGGAAAAGAGGAGCGACUUGGAAGAACAACAGUUGCAUUUGAACGUCGGUCUGAGCAAAAUCGCCGAAACGGUGGAACAAGUGGAAGAAAUGCAGAAGAGUUUAGCUGUGAAAUCUCAGGAAUUACAAGCUAAGAACGAAGCUGCUAACGCGAAAUUGAGGCAGAUGGUCAAAGAUCAACAGGAAGCAGAGAAGAAGAAAGUGCAGAGCCAAGAGAUCCAGCAGCAGUUGCGUAUGCAAACGGUGGCGAUCAAUGAGAAAAGGGACGAUGUCAUGGCCGAUCUCGCUCAAGUCGAACCAGCCGUUAUCGAUGCCCAAAACGCGGUGAAAUCGAUAAAGAAACAACAUCUGGUCGAGGUUCGUUCUAUGGCGAACCCGCCGGCGAUUGUGAAGGUUGCUUUGGAAUCUAUCUGUUUAUUGCUUGGUGAAAAUGCCAGCGACUGGAAGUCGAUCCGCGCUGUCAUCAUGAGGGACAAUUUUAUCAAUACUAUUGUCUCUAAUUUUAGUACUGAGGACAUUACCGAUGAGGUGAGGGAAAAAAUGAAGAGUCGCUAUUUGAGCAACCCUGAUUACAACUUCGAGAAAGUGAAUCGAGCUAGUUUGGCUUGCGGCCCUAUGGUGAAAUGGGCCAUAGCGCAGAUCGAAUACGCGGAUAUGUUGAAGCGAGUUGAACCGCUACGCGAUGAACUUCAUUCUUUGGAACGACAAGCGGAAACUAAUAAACUAAAGGGCGAAGAGGUGAAGGAUUUGAUAGCUCAACUGGAGCAGAGUAUAGCGUCGUAUAAGGAAGAAUAUGCCCAGCUGAUUUCGCAAGCGCAAGCCAUCAAGGCCGAUUUGGAGAGCGUGCAGGCCAAGGUGGACAGAUCGAUCGCCUUGUUGAAGUCUUUGGUUAUAGAAAGGGAGAGAUGGGAAGCAACGAGUGAAACGUUUAAGAGUCAAAUGUCCACAAUAAUCGGGGAUGUUCUGCUGUCUUCCGCGUUCCUGGCUUAUGCCGGUUAUUUCGAUCAACAUUACCGCCAAAAUCUCUUUAGUACAUGGUGCCAGCAUCUGCAACACGCGAAUCUACAAUUCAGACCUGAUAUCGCUAGAACGGAGUAUCUUUCUAAUCCGGACGAGCGUUUGAGAUGGCAAGCGAACGCAUUACCCACCGACGAUCUGUGCACCGAAAAUGCGAUUAUGCUGAAGCGCUUCAACAGAUACCCGUUGAUCAUCGACCCGUCCGGGCAAGCGACGGAGUUCAUCAUGAAUGAAUUUAAGGACCGAAAAAUCACCAAGACCAGCUUCCUGGACGAUUCGUUCAGGAAAAAUCUCGAGAGCGCUCUGCGUUUUGGCAAUCCUUUGUUGGUCCAAGACGUCGAGAAUUACGAUCCGAUACUGAAUCCCGUGUUGAACAGAGAACUGAGGCGAACCGGCGGACGCGUGUUGAUCACGCUCGGCGACCAGGACAUUGACCUCUCGCCGUCUUUCGUGAUCUUCCUGUCGACGAGAGAUCCGACGGUGGAAUUCCCACCGGACAUUUGUUCGCGCGUGACGUUCGUCAACUUCACCGUUACCAGGAGUUCGCUGCAGAGUCAGUGCUUGAAUCAAGUGCUGAAGGCUGAACGUCCGGACAUCGACGAGAAGAGGUCCGACCUGCUGAAACUUCAGGGCGAGUUCCAUCUGAGAUUGCGCCAGCUGGAGAAAUCCCUGUUGCAAGCGUUGAACGACGCGAAAGGUAAGAUACUCGAUGACGAUUCCGUGAUCACUACUCUGGAGACCUUGAAGCAGGAGGCCGCCGACAUCAGCAAGAAGGUGGAGGAAACGGACAAAGUCAUUGCGGAGAUCGAGACGGUGUCGCAGCAGUAUAUGCCUCUGUCACAGGCGUGUUCCAACAUGUACUUCACGAUGGACAGCCUCAACCAAGUACACUUCUUGUAUCAGUAUUCGUUGAAGAUGUUCCUGGACAUCUUCACGUCCGUAUUGUCGCAGAAUCCGAAAUUAUCCGGCCUAUCGGAUUACACACAGAGAUUAUCGCUCAUCACGCGCGACUUGUUCUCCGUCUGCUACGAACGUGUCGCGCGAGGGAUGCUCCAUACGGACCGAUUAACAUUCGCCCUCUUGCUCUGCCGUAUUCACCUGAAGGGCAUACCGACCGAGUCCACUUACGACAGCGAGUUCACGUUCUUCCUGCGCGGCAAGGAAGGUGUGCUUAAUAUCCGAGGUCCACCGGUGUCUAAUCUCAGUUCGGAGCAGCAAGAAGCGAUGAUGCGGCUGAGCAUAAGAUUGCCCGCCUUUAAGAAGCUCACGGAGAAGAUACAGGAAAAUAUGGAGUUCGGGCCGUGGCUGCAGUCACCCACACCCGAGACGUGCGUACCGAAGCUCUGGGACGAGGAGAAGCCGCUGUCACCGACCGGGACGGCGAUGCACGAGUUGCUGGCGAUACAAGCCUUCCGGCCGGAUCGCGUGAUCGCGGCCGCAUCCUUGGUGAUGACCUCCGCCUUUGGCGAGUCCUUCAUGCCAAAUGCAGAAGCCGAGCUCGACCUCGCGUCCGUCGUGGAGAACCAACUGAAGGCGACCGUGCCGGCUCUGCUUUGCUCGGUGCCGGGCUUCGACGCUUCCGGCCGAGUGGACGACUUGGCCGCGGAAUUGGGCAAGCAGAUAGCCAGCAUCGCGAUCGGCUCGGCGGAAGGGUUCAAUCAGGCCGACAGAGCGAUAAACAUGGCCGUGAAGGCCGGCAGAUGGGUGCUGCUGAAGAACGUGCAUCUCGCGCCGCAGUGGCUGGUACAGUUGGAGAAGAAACUGCACAGCCUGCAGCCGCACGCCGGUUUCCGCCUGUUCCUCACGAUGGAGAUCAAUCCUAAGGUGCCGGUGAAUCUGCUCCGAGCCGGUAGGAUCUUCGUGUUCGAACCGCCUCCCGGUAUACGAGCGAACUUGCUACGCACGUUCAGCACCGUGCCAGCCUCGAGGAUGAUGCGGGCGCCCAACGAGAGGGCCCGCCUCUACUUCUUGCUCGCGUGGUUCCACGCGAUCGUGCAGGAACGGCUGCGUUACGCGCCGCUAGGCUGGGCUAAACACUACGAAUUCAAUGAGAGCGACUUGAGAGUCGCCUGCGACACCCUGGACACUUGGAUCGAGGCGACGGCCAUGGGCCGAACGAAUCUACCACCCGAGAAGGUGCCCUGGGACGCUUUAGUGACGCUGCUCUCUCAGUGUAUUUAUGGCGGUAAGAUCGACAAUGACUUCGAUCAACGUCUACUGGCGUCUUUCUUGCGCAAGCUCUUCACACCGCGCUCGUUCGAGGCCGACUUUGCUUUAGUCGCCAACGUAGACGGCGCGCAAGGUAAUCAGAGGCAUAUCACGAUGCCGGAUGGCACCAGGCGAGAUCAUUUCUUGAAGUGGAUCGAGUCUCUCUCGGAUAGGCAAACACCUUCCUGGCUUGGUCUGCCGAAUAACGCGGAAAAGGUGCUCCUGACCACGAGAGGCACAGAUUUGGUCUCCAAGCUUCUCAAGAUGCAGCAACUGGAGGACGAAGAUGAAUUGGCGUACUCGAACGACGAAUCUUUAGAUACUCCAAGAGAAGCUGAAGCGGACGGUCGACCUUCGUGGAUGCGAACCUUACACAACUCGGCAUCGACUUGGUUACAGUUACUCCCAAAGAAUCUGCCGACUCUGAAGAGAACGGUCGAGAAUAUCAAAGAUCCUCUGUAUAGAUACUUUGAGAGAGAGGUGAACAGCGGGGCAAAAUUACUUCAAGAUGUCAUACACGAUUUGGAAGAUGUCGUAUUAAUUUGUCAGGGCGAGAAAAAACAGACUAAUUACCAUAGAACAAUGCUGUCCGAAUUAGUAAAGGGUAUCUUGCCUGGUGGUUGGAGGAGAUACACUGUACCGAGAGGUUGUACGGUUAUACAAUGGAUCACUGAUUUUAGUCAUCGAGUCUCGCAGCUGCAGGAAGUUUCGCGUUUGGUAUCUCAAGGUGGAGCCAAGGAAAUAAAGAGUUUCCCGGUUUGGCUCGGUGGCUUGCUGAAUCCCGAGGCUUACAUCACCGCGACCAGACAGUGUAUCGCGCAGGCCAAUAGCUGGUCACUCGAGGAAUUACAGUUGAACGUAACUAUCGGCGAUGGCGAUAACAUUGCCACGGACGAUUGCUCUUUCGCCGUUACUGGCCUGAAACUGCAAGGCGCGCAAUGUAAGGAUAAUCAGCUGUAUUUAACAUCGACUAUUAUGACCGAUUUGCCGGUGACGAUGCUGCGAUGGAUACGAUCCUCCACGGAGGAUAUUAGGAAGGGCAAAUUAUCCUUACCGGUUUAUCUCAACAGUACUCGUACCGAACUGUUGUUCACAGUUGAUUUAAAUAUUGCUCCUAGUCAAGAACCGCAUAGUUUCUAUGAAAGAGGAGUCGCUGUCUUAACAUCCACCGCUUUGAAUUAAUAACUACUUAAUAACCGACUUUUAGUGCGGACUGUGCCGCUUGUAUUACCGCAAGAAUUAUUAUGACCGCGAUAAGUAAAAGCAGUUCGAGACGCGUUGCUACGUGUUAAAAUGUUUAUAAAAUAAAAGGAGUUACGGUAAUUUACGACUUGCUACAAGUCUGGAAUGCAUAUAUACAAAGAUAUUAAAAAAAAAAAUGUAAUUUACAUCAAUUGCUUUCAAGUCAUUAAAAUAUUUUGUGCUAAAUGUAUGAUUAGAAACGGAUAUUUUCGAUGUGUUCGCGCGUAUAUAAUUAAAUGUAUAUUAUUCAUUUCUGAGAAUUAACACAUUUUCACACAGAAAGGAGAUUGUAAUGUAAUAUAUAGAGUUUAUGAUUUUAUAUAUGUUCGAACUUAAAAUAUAUGAUUUUUCAUAACAAAGUUACAUUACGUUUAUUCAGAUGUAAGUAUAUGCAAAUAAGUAUAUCACAGUAUUAGUGUUUAUAACAGAAACUUGAUGGCAUCUAAUAAAGUACUAUUAUAAUAUUUAUUCCCUACUAUUUAUGUGCAAUCAUUAUUUAAUAGUUAUAUUGUAUGCACGUGUAUGUAAAUUAUGUGAGGUAGAAAUUUUCUGUAAUUAUUAAUAAUUAUUUCGAUCAGCGAAUUCUGCUCCAUUAAAUUUGAUUUUGAACUAUAUGGAGAACAUUACUCGGAGUAACAUUCAGAAAGUUUCAACUGUUGUCCAUUGUCUAUUAAAAAGUCACUAAUAAAAGAAGUUAAAUGAAAAGAA